AUGGAAAUAAGUGAAGAAAGUCGUGAUGGUGUAAGUUCUUCCUCUAUUUGUGCUACAACAUUGGAAGCUAUGUCUAAUGGGGAUGGACGUUCAAAUGGAUGUUCUUUACUCGUUGGAACACCCCCAACAAGCACAACAAUUAUUAAAGAGGAAGAUUCGAGUGAAUUUGUUUCUGGAAAUGAAGAUGAAUUGGAGCUUACCCUAGAUGGAUUUAAAAUGGAAGUUGAAUGUGAAGAUGGUAAAGACGAAUUAACAGAAUAUGGAGGUUUUUCAACUAUGGAAGAACAAAAACAAUUUAUUCGUUAUGCCCCACUUUUGGAAUAUGGACAAGAAAUUUCACGUUUUGCAAUGAAAAUGGAUAAUAUUAGUAAUGUUGGAGUAGAAGAUGGACAAAGUGUUCAAAGUUGUGCUGCACUUAGGCACAGAAUGAAUGCCGCUUUCUCACUUUUAUGUUACCGUGAUCCUAGUCAUUCUACCAAUUUUUAUUUACUUGAACAAACUCAACGUGAUAUUGUAGCUAAAGCACUUAAUGCUGCAAUUAUUGAAUCACAUGGCAAAGAUGGUACCUCACCUUUAGAAAAAUGCCUUAACCGCGCCCGUUUUAUACGUGAACAGGCUUUGACAUAUUCUGCUUCUGCAGUUUUUACUGAUGCUAAUCGCCUUUUAUUUGGUGAAGGAGAAGGUUGUUUGGAUGCUUGUGGCAACAGUAAAUAUAUACUUGAUCUUAAUAAAAUAAACUUGGGGGAAGUUUGUAAACUUUUGAAUAUAAGUUUGCCUUGUAAGGGUUUACAUGGGACAUUUGGUAGGAUUAAGAGGGAUAUUUGGAGGAUUCUGGGAGGGUGGAUAUCAUGGGAUUUGCGAGGAUCAGGAAAUUUAGGGAUUAAGAGAGAUAUCAAGGGAUUUGUGUGGAUUGAAACUUAUAUUACCCCAUAUAAUCACAAAACAACCCUAUUAUUGACCCAUGUAUUCGCACCGAUUCCCAUGCGUUUACUUUGA